GCAGCUAUCAGUGGGGCAGGGUGUUCUUUUCCAGCCGAGCGGUCUGCCUAAUGCCUUCUAUGAGGAUUAAAACCUCGCACUCAGAGGGAAAAUAACAAAGUUGUCUAAUUUUCCCCUUAAGGGCCAUCUGGUUUUGUACAGGUUUAAUGGGGGGAAAAGGAGAAUAUUUUCUUCCCUCUCUCUCUCUCUCUGCUUAUAAGAUUGCAAGCCUUUUACAGAAGCCUCCUGCUUGAAACAUAUGGAAAAAUAAGUCCAGUCCUGUUAAAAGGGUUCCCGAUUUCGAUUUUCAUCUGCCAAGAAAGGUCUCAAAAAGCGCGGGUUGGUGUGUCUUAUUUGGAUUUCUGCAUAGAAAGAAAGUUGCCCAGGUACCCCCUGCCUAAAGCAAUACAUUUAAGGAACUACUGUUUAAUCUCCUUGACCUGCAGCAACGAUGAUGUCUCGACUCCAGUCUUGCCCACCCUUCUGGCUUCUCGUGUUCAUGUGCUUCUCUCAUUCUCUGGAGACAGCCAACAGUUUACAACACAGACUCAAGAGUGGCCUCAUCAACUUCUAUCACACGGUUAUUCUCGCCGAUGGCAAGGAGACCACAAUCCACCUCUUGAAGGAUAUAUCUAAGAGGUAUUAUUUUGUUUUGGAGAAAGGCAGAACUUCUGCCCCUUUCACAGUGACAGUGACCCCUUGUGAUGUCCCCAUUGAGUGGAGCAUACGGGUUCAUAAGAUGUCACCGAGCUACCUUGGAAAAGCAGCACAUGGUGGUUAUGACAAUCCGGAUGCCCUGAAGUUUCAGAAGACCAAAAAACUGGAAUCUACUCUUUUUAGCUACAAAGGCAAUUCUGUGGAGACCUACAUGGGGAUGUCUUACUAUUCCACAGUCUAUAUGCUUGAAUUCCUAUCAACUGAACGAGACACUCAUAUUACAGUCUAUCUAACAACAGAUACAACUUCUGACCGCCUAUAUCCAGAACUCUCACCAGAUCCACGCAUUGACGUCAUGGGCGUUGACCAUGCCACAGUUACUCUAGCUUGGAAACACAGUCCCACCGCGCUGCAGUAUCAAGGAAACAUCCAGUACUGCCUCCUAAUGAAUGAAAAACACAACUACAAGAGUCUAUGUGCAGCUGAGACAGCUAUAAGAUCAUCUGGUAUGAAAUCGCCACCAGCAUUAGCACUGUCUCUAUCCCCAUACGCCCCAAACCCUCAACAAGUGAUGAUAUUGUCCAACGGUGAAUUAAGCAUCAUCAGCAAAGCUAGCAGUGGGGAGGUGAGGCAGAUAUGUGUGGGCACCAAGAAUACCUAUACAGUCCCCAACCUGUCUCCCAACACCCAAUACUAUUUUGAUGUUUUUGUGGUCAAUUUCCUCACCAAUGCCAGUGCAGCCUAUACUGGUACCUUUGCGAGGACUCUUGAAGAGCCAGAGCCCAAAGUUACUGAACUGAAAGAUGGGAAAGUGAUUCAUCUCAUCCUGGACGGCCGAAAACAAAAACUGUACAGUUUUCAGUACCGGACCAGGUACAAGGAGGUCCAAUUUGCCUUUCAGUCUUGCACUGGCCAAGUUCACGUUGAAAUAUCCAGGAACGGGAAGUUGCUGAUGUCAGAGAGAUUUGCUGGAUUGAGACAUUUUAUACUGAAGGGAAGGUUGGGGGAUAUAUAUUUAAUUAACCUGGGGUCCACCGAACCUUCGAAUGCCUCUCUGAAAGUCCAGGUUUCCUCUCUCUUCCACAAGCCUUUCUUCCCAGAUCUCCCAGAAAGCUUAAAAAUCAAGUCCUUUAGCAAACUGCGGACCUGUGACUCUGUCACUAUCGCCUGGCUGGGAACACAGCAAAUGAGCAAAUAUUGUGUGUACAAGAGACAGAUCGAGGAGGACCAGGUUUGGAUGGAAACAAGGAAUGCAGACAGGUGCCUGGGCCCCGAAUCUAGGCACAAAAACGACAAAGUGGUGUGUAAAUACUUCCAUGAGCUCAAUCUCCGACGAGCAGUGACUACGGAAACCAUCAGGGGGCUUGAAGCGGGAACUGUCUACUUGUUCGAUGUUUAUCUCAUUGGCUCCUCUGGGAUUCCGGUCAGGUAUUACAGCAGAGUUGUAAAGACGCGGAAGAAAUGCUGACGAUCCUUGCAGAAAGGGGUGGCAAAGCCGAAGGAACGUCGUGGCCUAAGCAACUUUUGUGGCCCGCGUCAUUCAAAAUGUUCUAGGUCAGAGAAGAAUACUGAAGGUGCAAGAUCGAGAGAAAGGAAUCUUAGUCUAGAAAAGCAGACGUUCUCCUAUGACCUUUUCCCUCCGAUUUUGUAUAGCUGAUUUGGAGCUACGCUAAAGGCACUUUACAGAAGAACAUCUGCCAUCAAAACCCAAGCAGUCAUCUUAAUGCCUGCAGGAUAUCCAACUGAGAAGGGAAAAAUAAUUUUUGAAGUGGCUGUUUCAAUGAAGGGCCCACUGUUUUUCUCCACAUUAUUACAUAUCCCAGGUAACGUUGUCAGGGUCAGAAAGAAAUACUACUAGACUUCAAAAAUGACCCAUCAAACUCUGUCUUGCUACUCCAGAGUAGGCUACUCAGUGGGGGUGAGCCAUUACAACAACAACCACUCUUUUCUUACACUGUUUAAAUAUGAUAGUUCUCAUGCUGCACAUACAAAAAUCAGACCCAACCAGGCCUAUUGCUACUCCAUAUUUCUAAGCAAUUGUAAAUUUCUGUGCCUCUUGUGAAGGCCAACAUGCAUUGGACUAAUCCUGCUGGCUGCCUAAUUGCUGAAAAGAGUAAUGUCGUAUGAGUAGGUAUAAAUGAAGAAAAGUAUGAUAGCUGUUUAAAAAGAGUGUUUCCCAACUACUAGAAGCAAAGAGAUUCUCCUCAUCGCUGGUGUACAAUAAUAUAAGUGGAGCUGUCUCCCCUUAGCUGUCUUUUUCCUAGUCUGAAAAGUACCAGACUCUCUGGCCUUCCUUUAUAGGAAAUUUUCUGCAACCUCUUAAUCCCCUUAGUAACUGAUACAUUAAGUAUAUUGCUUGAUAUAUGAACUACUUCCCCCCAAAAAAACUCUUAAAUGUGAUAGGGCCAUUCCUGCCUCUUGACUGAAACUAGAAAGUAAUUUAGAUUAUUUCUACAGCCCUGGUUUUGCCCAAGAUGAAUCCUGGUGCAGCAAUACAUGUCAGUUUGAUUCCAUAAAGCCCAGAACGUGUGAGGUUGUUCAAGACCCUUUGUGGAGUUCAGGGUGACCUCCAGGUUUCUCCUCUGAGAGAAGAGGAGACUCUAUGACCCAGCAUCAGAAUUCAGUUUUUUUUCCAGAUUUUGAUGGCAGCACUCUAUCAUGAGGAAAUGAUGGUCAGCUUUCUACCUGGUUGCCCUUUCGAAACACACACAGAGGUUGAAGUAAAGUAGGUGCGUCAGUACCAUGUUCACUAUUUCUUUAAACAUUAAUAGCCUUCACUACCUGAAGGAUGUCUUGGAUAUCCAGGUUAAGACCCAAAAGAAGAAGAAGAGUUUGGAUUUAUAUCCCCCCUUUCUCUCCUGCAGGAGACUCAAAGGGGUUUACAAUCUCCUUGCCCUUCCCCCC